AUAGAAAUUGUUAUGAUGAAUAGAUGGGCAGAUGAGAUGAAUUCGCGGACCCAUAGCAACAGACCAACGCUGAGAUUAGCAGACUUACAGGCAAGCAAUCAUCUGUCGCGCAACAGUCUGCUUGAGCAAGCAAGACAACAGUGCGAGAUGGUCUCCACGAUUUAAUCAAUACAAAGCAAUGAAUCCAUGUCGGUGAGAUGGGAGAUUAUCUCUUGUUAUCCAGAUGAGAUGUUGUCGUACGAACCGAGUCGAAGAAAAGGAACUCAAGUGCAACAACCAACAAGAAAGGACCAAAGCUCGUGUCGAAGAAAGGCCGCUGACCAAACCAACCUCCUACGAGUCAACAUCCCAUCCUUCUCUCCUCUCGUUUGUGUCUGACCUUCCGGCUCGGUCCUGUUUUCUCCUCGUGGCUUUUACUGUCUCGUGGCUAUUGCGUUUGUGGGGCUCCCAGCUAAAAUGCAUUUUAAACAUCUCUCGAAAGCAAGUGCUCGUGCGAGCAGCUUCCUGCCUCCAAAACCUGCCCUCAACUGUUGCCCUCCCUCACCUCGGCCGUUUCCCUUCCCACCUCCAACGUGCUGUUCGGUCCUUUCCCACAACGACUCCACAUAGAUGCGUUCUUGUUAUUCAAGAAUUGAACAUUCCAAUACAUCUGUGGAGCAUCAAAUAAAACACUCGAACAAUAAUAGAGGCCAUAUGAUUUGUUGCU